CGAAAUGACAAAUGUCACAAAACGUCAAAAAAAUGUCAAAGUCGAAUUUUCGUCUCCAGUCGCAGGGUUUUCAUGAAAAGUAGGAAAAAUCCUCAAGAUUACACAACAUUUUAAUACUUAGUGGUUUUAAAUGUUAAAUUAUGAAUAUUAUGUAAGGUCCCGUUGACCGGUUGCUAGCUAAAUCGUUAGUGUUGGGACAAUGGAGAGUGGCGACAGGAUUCUUGUGGCUGCGGGGCUUACGGCCGCUGUGGUGGUCGGGGCUUUCGUUCUUUGGGGUCCCGGAGGAGCGCCCCGGGUGCGGAAGAGGCGCGGGCAGAUAGCAGGCCUGCAGAACCUGGGCAGGACCUGCUUCCUCAACACAUUGCUGCAAGCGCUUGCUGCUUGUCCCGCCUUCAUAGAUUGGCUGAAGAAAUACGCCAAAGCUGAUGGCCAUAACAGUAUGAUCACUACACUUUACACUGUUAUUGAAGUUGUGAACGGCACGCACGAAGCCGCCCGGGGCACUCCGGUGUGCCCGCUGGGCGUGCUACAAGCGUUGCGCGCGGCGGGCUGGGUGGUGCCGGCCGACCAGCAAGACGCGCACGAGCUCAUGCACGUGCUGCUGUCCUGCGUCGAAGAGGAGACUCUCGCCAUGGCUAAGAAGCCGGGCUGCCUAUCCGACGCGCUAGGGCUGGGCGGCGCGCGCGCGUGGUCGGCACUAGCGUCGCCGGCGUCGCCGCCCGCCGCGCCCGCCGCCUGGCCGCCGCGGCCCGCGCGACCCGCCUCCGCCGCGCCCGGCGACGAGCCCGACCUCGAGGACGCAGAGCCGGCGGCGCCGCUGCGCAAGGGCGUGUCGCGGUCGUUCUGCCACCUGAGCAGCGUGGGGCGGCGCUGGAGCGCGGCGCCCGCCCGGCCCGCGCCCGCGCCGCCCUUCCGCGGCACGCUGGCCGAGCGCCUGCACUGCACCGUCUGCAGCGCCAAGAGUCCUGUGCGCUACGACAAGUUCGACAGCAUCUCAUUGUCCAUGGCCAACGCCAGCACCGGGCUCACGGGCUCCUUUAGUCUACCCGGGUUGUUGCGCGCGUUCACGGCGCCCGAGCUGGUGGCGGGCGUGCGCUGCGACAAGUGCUGCGGCGCCGAAGACAGCACCAAGCACAUCCGCACCGUCAGCUUCGGGAAGCUGCCGGCGUGCCUGUGCCUGCACAUCGGGCGCGUGGAGUGGGCGCGCGGCGCGCUCAGCAAGCGCGCGGAGCACGUGGCCUUCCCCGAGGCGCUGUCGCUCGCGCCCUACGCGCACCCCACGCCGCCGCCGGUAACGGUCAAUCAGGUGAACCUAGCAUCCCUAGUCUCAGAAGGGCGCCUGCGCAGCGGGUUAUGCGCGGCCAACACGGAGGCAGCGUCGGCGACGGCGACGGGCGUGACGGCGGAGCGCGCGCUGUACCGGCUCGUGGCGGUGGUGGUGCACGUGGGCGGCCCGCGCUCCGGGCACUUCGCCACCUACCGCCGCGGGAACGGCUUCGAGGCCAAGAGAUGGUGGUACACAUCAGACACGCUGGUGCACGAGGUGUCUCUGGCGGAGGUGCUGCGCUGCGCCGCCUACAUGCUGUUCUACGAGCGAGCCGCGCCCGACGCCGCCGCGCUCGACGCCGCCCUACGCGCCGCCGCCACGCAACACUUCUAGCCGCCCACAGCUUGACCCAGCCCGGGCACACGCCGAGGCCACGUGAUUCGAUCGAGGCUGAUCUGUGUAAACCAGUGGUUCUUAACCGGUGGUCCCUGGAGACAUUCCAAGUGGUCCACGAAGACAUCGUAAUAAACAAGUGACGUGACGUGUGAGUUGAGUCAACACAACGCAAACGGCGCAGAGUGGGCGAGAAAACGACCUCCCCUUUCAGAGGUUU